GGCUCAUAACUCAUUAUUGUAUCACACGCAGCAUAAGAAGUAUCGCCCUUCUCACUUCGCUGUUUGGCUUUUUCCAUCUUUCAACCAAAACCCCAAUCUUCUUCAUUUGCAUAGCUAUUGCCAACAACAAACAACUACUACUCACUCCUCUUUUCUUUGACGAUCUCCACGAAGCUCUUUCAUUUUCAUUUUCAAACAACCCUCUCUCUCUCUCUCUCUCUCUCUCUCUCUCUCUCUCUCUAUCCUUAAUUAUACCGUUCUCUUUCUUUCUUUUCCAUCGAAUUGCAGUUAUUACUUCUAUCUCUCUCUCCGCCUCUUUUUCUGGAUCUUCAACUUCUCCCGGAUUUUGCCGAUUUGGGAGAUUGAAUUUGAAGAACUCUGCUGAGGAAACAUGGCUGCUGCUUCUGCAUCUCUCACUGGUGCUUCUGCUUCGGAUCUUCUGAGGAGUUCAACCAGCGGUUUCAAUGGUGUUCCUUUGAGAACCUUGGGGAGGGCGAGGUUGGUUUUGAAAAGGAGGGAUUUUACUGUUGCUGCUAAGCUGAGGAAGGUGAAGAAGCAUGAAUAUCCCUGGCCUGAUAACCCUGAUCCCAAUGUGAAAGGUGGAGUGCUUAGUCAUCUCUCCUACUUCAAGCCACUCAAAGAGAAGCCAAAGCCUGUUACUUUGGAUUUUGAAAAGCCUCUUGUUGAUCUGCAAAAGAAGAUCAUUGAUGUGCGGAAGAUGGCGAACGAAACUGGGCUGGACUUCACUGAUCAGAUUCUCGUAUUGGAGUCUAAGUACCAGCAGGCUUUAAAGGAUCUAUAUACACAUCUGACUCCCAUACAGCGGGUCAACAUUGCACGGCAUCCUAACAGGCCAACUUUCCUUGAUCAUAUUUUUAACAUAACUGAAAAGUUUAUGGAACUCCAUGGUGAUCGGGCAGGUUAUGAUGAUCCUGCUAUCGUUACUGGUAUAGGGACUAUUGACGGUAGAAGAUACAUGUUCAUCGGUCACCAAAAGGGUAGAAAUACAAAAGAAAAUAUUCAGCGUAACUUUGGGAUGCCAACUCCACAUGGUUACAGGAAAGCUCUUCGUUUGAUGGAAUAUGCUGAUCAUCAUGGAUUCCCGAUAGUUACUUUCAUUGACACACCUGGGGCAUAUGCUGACCUUAAAUCAGAGGAACUAGGCCAAGGUGAAGCGAUUGCCCAUAAUUUGAGAUCCAUGUUUGGUCUGAAGGUGCCAAUUCUGUCUAUAGUUAUUGGGGAAGGUGGUUCCGGUGGUGCCCUUGCCAUUGGAUGUGCUAAUAAAUUACUUAUGCUUGAAAAUGCAGUUUUCUAUGUUGCAAGUCCAGAAGCAUGUGCAGCAAUCUUGUGGAAGAGUGCUAAAGCUGCUCCAAAGGCUGCUGAGAAACUGAAGAUUACAGCCAAUGAAUUGUGCAAAUUGCAAAUUGCUGAUGGUGUUAUACCUGAGCCACUUGGUGGUGCACAUGCAGAUCCACAUUGGACCUCUCAACAGAUAAAAAAUGCAAUCAAUGAAGCCAUGGAUGAGCUCACCAAGAUGAACACAGAAGACCUAUUACAACAUCGCAUGCUUAAGUUCCGAAAGAUUGGUGGGUUCCAAGAAGGAAUUCCUGUAGAUCCUAUGAGGAAAGUCAACAUGAAGAAGAAGGAUCUAUCUGUUGCUAAGAAGAUUCCUGAAGCUGAAUUGGAGGUUGAGGUUGAGAAACUGAAGCAACAAAUUUUGGAAGCUAAGGAAUCCUCUUCCAAUCCUCCAAAACUAGAUCUAGAUGAGAUGAUACAGAAACUCGAAAGAGAGGUUGAUCAAGAAUACUCUGAGGCAGUUAAAGCCAUGGGCUUGACAGACAGGUUGUCGAAACUACAGGAGGAAGUUUCAAAAGCAAAUGCAGAUAAUCAAUUUAUUGAUCCAUUGCUGAAGGAUAAAAUAGAAAAGCUAAGGGUGGAGUUUGAACAGGGAUUGUCUGCAGCUCCCAAUUAUGGUACACUGCAGAAUAAGCUUAACUAUUUGAAAGAAUUAUCUAAAGCGAAGCGUAUAUCAGAGACAAACAAGGAGGCUGCCACAUUAAAGCAAGAGUUGAAGACCAAAAUUGACAAUGUCAUGAAUAAUCUUAGAAUAAAGGAAAAAUAUGAAGCAUUAAGGGCUGAAAUCGAAGCUGAUGGUGCAUCCUCAGCAAGAGAAUUGGAUGACGAGUUGAAGAAGAAAAUCCUUGAGUUUAGGAAAGAGGUAGAUUCACAGCUGGUUAGUGUUCUGAAGUCUGAGGGCUUAGAUGUCAAAUUUGGAGAACAAGACACUGUGUCAGGGAUAGAAGAACUAAACAAAGAUAUAGAGAGGGUAAUUGAAAGUUCAAUAAACUCAUCAGAUGAUAUCAAGAGCAAGAUUCAGCUGUUGAAAUUGGAGAUUGCCAAGGCUGGAGAGGCACCUGAUUCAGAAUCAAAAAAUAGAAUUGCUGCUUUGAUGCAACAAGUUGAGCAGAGCCUUGCAGAGGCUGUUGACUCGUCUGGCUUAAAAGGGAAGUAUGAAAAUCUGGUGUCUAAAGAUGAAAAUUUGCAAAAAGAUCCAGCAGGAGACAAUCUCACCAAUGAUGAAUUGAGAGUGCAAGUUGGUGCAAACCGCACCUCUUCUUAAUAUGUGAGUUCAUCUAAACUUCACAAAAAAUGUUUUCAAUGUGUUUUCUGAAUCAUUGAGGCAUUCUAGGGAGCAUUAUAUCUGUAGCUUUUACCAUUACAAGUUGUAUUUUAAACCAACAUAGCGACAUGCAGAGAGUUUUAAGAAGGUUUUAUGUGAUUUUGGAUUGAAAAUGAUUGCAUGGGAUAAAUGAGGUUGGAUUUGUAACUAGUUUCGUUAUGCAUAUAUAUUCUGUAUCCUUCAUUUGAAAUUGAAAUUUGGCUCUUAAUAACAUUAUGUUCUAUCAGCCUCCUGCUCAUAUGGAGCUGGUGAAGAUGAUGCUGGCUGGAACAAAUAUAUGAAUGGAAUAGUGAAACUGCACCAGUGUCUUCUUGAUGUGUUGCCAAUAUCAUAAGGUGGUUGGUUGUACAUCAUCUAGCAUCAUGACCAUAUUUCUUAGAAACAAGUUUUGGGAAUUGAAAGACGAUACCAUGUGAAUGGUGGCUAAUAUUUUUCUAUAAUCUUCCAAUAGAGGACCGGGAGGAAUAAAAUUGAAAAGCAUUUUGUAUUUGUUUGAGUCAGAUGUUGCAGUUAAUUUAGAAUGACUUUAUAUGCUUUUUUUUUUUUUGUCUUUUCAUGUUCAUUUUGUUUUAUUUAAUCAUUUAAAUUUUUGAAUUUCUCCUUAAUAGACUUAGAUGAACAUUGUAUAAAUUGCUUUGAGUUUGAGGAACCUAAUAAGUAAUAAUAUGACGUUGUGGGGUUAUAAUGUCUU